ACUGGGAGGCUGUCUUGAUCACAACUUUUGUGUCCUGCGACCUGUUGCUAUGCUCGAACAGUAUGCCAGAAUCAGGGGAGAGCUCCAGUGCAAGAUAUUUGGUGUCAAUCCUUCGAAAAGUGGAAUUACAUGAUGCUGCAGGCGCUCAUUGGAACUGGUCCGCCUCUGUUCAGAUUGAAGACAUGAAUCCAAUGCAGGAAAUGGUAUUACAGGAGCAGAUCGAUCAAUGGAGUAUAUUCAUUGCGAUCUUGUUAGGCAUUCCGAUUGAAAUUGAUACAGCUGAGCAAUCGACAACGGACUAUGGUACGGGUUUCGAUUUUGCAGCUGUAUCGAAUCCUGGCACUCACAUCACAGGAAGCGACUCUAGUUGUACACGACAUGCUCAGCAUGAUAAGCCCCUGCAGCGAGUGUCGCCUAAGUCAGCAUACUGGAUAAAUGAGUAUACGAGGAGGCAGAUCAGAGGGCGUGACUUGAGCUUUGAUGAAUGUCUUGAAAUUGUGCAGCCACUGGUCACUGCUUUCCGUGAAGUGUCAAAGAUCAGUAUCGCCACAGAUGUCCUUGAAAUCUUUGCCACAUGGCCAAUCGACCUUGUUGAGCCGUUCAUCAACAAUCCCCAAGCUCUGCGAGAGAAACUUUUGUCCAUUACUAGCGACCUGGGUCUAAUUGCAUCUAAGGAAGUCAAUUGCGAAGAUGACGUUGAUUAUUUGUCGGAAGCUUUCGGCACAAUUGAUGCCAAUGAUUACAAUGACCUACUCAUGGAGAGCUUCGAAGAUCCUUCUCUACCACCGGCGCUAUUUUCAGCGGUUCUUGACGGUUUGUCUCCAGUGCCACUAAAGAUAUCAUCUGAAGAAUUAGACGUUGCCAAUUACGUGAAGUCUAUCGGAUUGUCAUACUUCUUGGCGUUAAAUCUAAUGCUGUUCUGCGACCACAAUAAAUUUGAAGAAUCUUGUAAGGGAAUCAUUUGCAACCUCUAAUCUCACCGAACUCAAAACUCGCUGGAAGUACUCUUCUUCAUAAGACCUCACAAAUGCUUAGUCAUGAAAUUACAAAAUUAGACAACGCUUCAUAGUGGUGGGAUACUUAUCUAUGAGCACGUUAUUCAGAAGUCAAUCAACCCAGAAUCAUCCAAACAUUAUCGAGCUUUGCCCUUCUGAUUUUCGAGGGAUGUACCACAUUUAAGGGGUCUAAUUUUUUAGUGAAGGUUUAUUGAUAACUACAGAGUAGUGACUGGCAGUUGAUAUUACCGAAGAAACGGUGUAUGUGGCAUCAGCAUGUCUGGUCAUGGAUGUGGCGUAAGUAGAUUAUAUCAUCGCACCACUAAUCAAAUGCAUUUAGGAAGUCUGAUGUGUGCGAAAAAAAUUCACAGACAAUCCUGAUUGCUUGCUCCUCAAUUGUAAUUGGCUAAAGUGGAAGCUUUAAACUUU